AUGGCAUCCUCUCAAGCCCCGGCAAAGCCCCCACUUAGCUUUUCAGUGUUCAGGGGCCAAGAAGGGGCGAAUGCCAAGGUAGUCCUAGAGCGUGGUAUUGUGCAAGUCCAAGCGGCUCCCGAAUGGUGCCUGGUUAUUGGCGUCGGCGUGUGGGAUGCCAUGUGCAUCGUACUCGCAGAGGAAGCGCCCCAGUAUGGCAUGACACUAUAUCGCCCCCACAAGCAGCGGAUCCAGUCCUACAGCACCGUACAGGAGAUUUGCACCCCUUCGGUGCGCAAUGGGGUCGAGUCGAGCGAUGGAGGGUGA